AUGCUGUGCUCAUUAAUAUUUCACUUAUAUGACAAAGACCAGAAUUAUCUGGGAGGAAACGGGCAGAAUCUGGGGGCAACCAGCCCAGGGACAACCACAUCAACCAGGGACAACCAUACCAACCAGGGACAGCCAUACCAACCUGGGACAACCAUACCAACCAGGGACAGCCAUACCAACCAGGGACAACCGUACCAACCAGGGACAACCAUACCAACCAGGGACAACCAUGCCAUACUGGACAACCAUAUCAACCAGGGGACAACCGUACCAACCAGGGACAACCAUAUCAACCAGGGACAACCAUACCAACCAGGGACAGCCAUACCACCUGGGACAACCAUACCAACCAGGGACAGCCAUACCAACCAGGGACUACCAUAUCAACCAGGGACAGCCAUACCAACCAGGGACAACCAUGCCAUACUGGGACAACCAUAUCAACCAGGGACAACCGUGCCAACCAGGGACAACCAUAUCAACCAGGGACAACCGGACCAACCAGGGACAACCAUACCAACCAGGGACAACCAUACCAGCAGGGACAACCAUGCCAUACUGGGGCAACCAUACAACCAGGGACAGCCAUACCAACCAGGGACAACCGUACCAACCAGGGACAACCAGGGACAACCAUGCCAAUCAGAGACAAUCAGAGACAAAUCAGAGACAACCAUACCAAUCAGGGACCAACCAGGGACAACCAUGCCAAUCAGGGACCAACCAGGGACAACUGUACCAACCAGGGACAACCAUACCAAUCAGAGACAAACCAGGGACAACCACACCAUACAGGAACCAACCAGGAAAAAACAUGCCAUACAGGGACCAACCAUACCAACCAGGGACAACCCCACCAGCCAGGGACAACCAUACCACACAGGGACAACCAUAUCAACCAGAGACAACCAUAUCAACCUGGGACAACCAUACCAACCUGGGACAACCAUACAGCCAGGGACCAACCAGGGACAACCAUACCAUACAGGGACCAACCAUACCAACCAGGGACAACCAUACCAUACAGGGACCAACCAGGACAGCCAUACCAACCAGGGACCAACCAGGGACAACCAUAUCAACCAGGAACAACCAUACCGGCCAGGGACAACCAUACCACUAAGGGACCAACCAGGGACAACUAUAACAACCAGGGACAACCAGGGACAACCAUACCAACCAGGGACAGCCAUACCAACCAGGGACCAACCAGGGACAACCAUAUCAACCAGGGACAACCAUACCAGCAGGGACAACCAUACCACUCAGGGAUCAACCAGGGACAACCAUACCAUACAUGGACAACCAUACCAACCAGGGACAACCAUAUCAACCAGGGACAACCAUACCAUACAGGGACCAACCAGGGACAACCAUACCAUACAGGGACCAACAGGGACAACCAUACCAUGCAGAGGCCAACCAUACCAACCAGGGGACAACCAUAUCAACCAGGGACAACCAUACCAACCAUGGACAACCAUACCAACCAGGGACAACCAUUAUACCAACCAGGGACAACAGACCAGUCAAUAUAAUAUCCUGUAUCAAAUUGUGAGAUGUGCUUGA